AUGAGCCAGGAGCAGCUCUGUGCAGUGUUCAAGGCUUUCAAUCCGGAGGCACUCUCACAUAACGAGAUCAAUAGUUUGGUUCGAGCGGGGAAAUGCAAAGACGGAAAGCUUGACAUUGAAGAAUUCGUAAGCUGGCUCUUUGCAGCUGUGAAGCGGCCACUGCCCAAGAUAGAUGCUGAAGAACGUGGCAGGGCUAUGCGCGUUGAUGGUGGCUUUGGAUGGCUGCGUAAGGCCAAUGCAAAAGCUGACCGGGAGGCGAGGCAGGAGAUUGGCUCCGCUACCCGGACAGCCGUGAAAGCCGGUGGUUUUCAGCUUGGGACGGCAGAGAUCCAGAUAAAACAUGUUGAGGAGAUGGUCAAGGGCACCCAGCUGCUCUCACCCAGUCUCCCGGGAUUCCCGGGAUGGCCUGUGGAUUUUCCAAAAGGGACGACGGAGCUGUUGGUGGAGCGUGGAACUGUCUUGGAUGUAGCUGUGGGGCAGGCUCUCAAGGGAGAAAAAGUUGUAGCAGUGAAUGCUGCUUCCGCAUACCACGCCGGUGGGGGCUUUGCGACCGGUGGCCGCCACGCUUUGGAAGAAGCGAUGUGUGUGCAGAGCUCGUUGUACGAGUCGCUGGAGCGGGGUGUCAGUUUGGCAGAAGAUGCCAAGCUGGAGGUGCCGAGCUGGGUCCGGCCUCCGAAAAGGCGCGAUGGCAAACCCUGGGUUUUGCACCUCCCUGACGACGGCGUUUUGUUGUCGCCGAUGGUCGAAGUUUUCCGCGACGGGGCGAACGAUGGCUACGCUUUCAGGGAUGCCGUCACCGUGCUUGCAGCGGUGGUGUCUGUUGCAAUGCCAAACUGCAAUGAAAAGAUGUCGGACUCGCCUGUGGAUGCACACCCAGAACCAGAAGGCUACAAGAAGCAACUGACCCAGAAGUGGCUCGCAGUGCUGCGAGCAGCUGCUACAUGUCCUACAGCCACAACACUAGUGGUUCCAGAUGCGGGAUGUGGAGUCUUCUACAAUCGCCCGGAGGAGGUAGGUGCAAGCUUUGGAGAGGCACUUCAGCAGUAUCGUGGCCGCUUUAAGCGUGUGCUGAUCUCAUUCCCUGGCGGCAAAGCAGGGGAGGCCUUUGCUGCAGCAGCCCAAGCCGCCUUUGCUUAG